AUGGAGAGCACUCACAACCUUCUUCGUCUCGCCGCCUUUCAGAUGACACUCUUGGCGAUGGCUUCGGCUCAGCUCCGGCAGAACUACUACAGCAGUGUCUGCCCCGGCGUGGAGGACAUCGUGCGCGGCGCCGUCGAACGGAAGCUACAGCAGACGUUCAUCGCUGCUCCGGGAACCCUCCGACUGUUCUUCCACGACUGCUUCGUCCGAGUGCGUCCCUUCGACACUCGACUGUGACUGGUAGGAUCAGCAGGGAUUAUCGUUCCAGUGACGGGUUAUUUCUUGGGUUAACGGGCAGGGGUGCGACGCUUCGGUGAUGAUCAGCGAUUCCAAGGGUAACGACGAGAGACACAGCUCCGACGACAUUUCUCUCGCCGGAGAUGGCUUCGACACCGUGGUCAAAGCGAAGGCGGCCGUCGACGCAGUCGCCGGCUGCACAAACCAGGUCUCCUGCGCCGACAUACUGGCCCUGGCUGCGAGAGACGUCGUGUCACUGGUAAUCCAUCUGGUAUAUAAGCUUACCCUGAUCAUUAUCAGUUGACUUUGAGUGAUUUCCCAGACUGGCGGACCUUUCUUCCCCGUCGAGUUGGGCCGGCGGGACGGCCGAACCUCGACCAGAGCCGGGGUCAGGCAUAAGCUUCCCCUCCCCGGAUUCACCCUGGACCAGCUCAACGCCAUGUUCGCCUCCCGUGGCCUUUCGCAGACGGACAUGAUCGCUCUCUCAGGUAAACUCCAUCGUCCUCCCCUUCUUCGCAGAACAACUGAUUCAUGAUGCCGUCAUAUGAUCACCAGGGGCGCACACAAUCGGGUUCUCUCACUGUUCCAGGUUCUCCAGCAGAAUCUACAGGUACAGCAAGACGAGGGCCGUGGACCCGGCCAUGAACAAUGCCUACGCCCUGAAACUUCGGCAGGAUUGCCCCGCCGGUGUUGACCCCGGUGUCGUCGUCAACCUGGACCUAAGCACGCCGCAGGUCUUCGACAACGCUUACUUCCAGAACCUGCAGACGGGGAUGGGCCUGUUGGCGUCCGACCAGGUUCUCUUCACGGACACGAGGUCAAGGGAGACCGUCAAUCUGUUCGCGACAAACAGGACCGCCUUCGAUGAGGCCUUCGCCGCUGCUAUGAUCACGCUCGGCAGGGUCGACCUGAAGACCGGGAGCCAGGGGGAGGUUCGACGGGACUGCUCCUCCGUCAACAGGUAG